GGCAAAUAAGCACAAUUAAUGGUCCCCCUCCUCUUAACAAUUUUGUUAAAGUUUUUCUUCGCUCGCGAAUAAACGUAUGUACUCGUAAGUAAGCAAGCAAGCCGUGUACAUGUAUGUUCGUACCUUCGUGCAAUUCGAGCAAACACCCCCGUGAGUACAUUUUUGGCAGGAAUUAUACACAGAGCCUCUAACCCUUUGCAACUGCAUUUUCGAUGAGAAUUUCACAAAAUGGAAACUAAGAAUAUCACCCAAGCAUCCAAAGUGAGUGAACAGAAUGAGGCUAAGUCAACAUACGAACAAAUUGAAAAGGAUAGAGUCCAACUGGUAUCCAAGAUAGAAGAGUUAUAUCAAGAUGUCGUUGAACACAAACUCGUACUGGAAGCCUUGGAGAAUGUCCCCUCUGACAGACGGUGCUACAGAAUGGUUGGAGAAAUACUGGUUGAAAGAACUGUUGGUGAAAUUAAACCAGCUUUGGUAGAUCAUAAAAACAAGAGCAAAGUUAACGACUUGGCUCAACCACACACGUGGGUGGAACAAAUCAUAGCCGAGUGCCAGAAGAAGUUGGACGAAAAAAACUCCGAACUUACAAAAUUUGUGAAAAAGUAA